CUUCGCUUCGUGCGCCGUGUGCGGGCGUCCUGCAGCAAUGUCGGAAGUAUCUUAUGUCCUACCACCCACCGACGAGAUGUAUGAUGUUUUGCUCCAAGGCUUGAAGAGAUUUUCAGAAGAUCUCCAGACUGGUGCAACGGACUCCAGUGCUCUUGGCUACGGUUGGUCCCCUGCACCUUUUGCCGCCAAGAUCUCAGCUCCACGGUUGCUUCGUCCGAAGCCUCCCUCGCUAUCCCUCAGCUUGCGGGAUGCCGAAGUCCGUCCCCCCGCCCCGGCCAGCGCCCGCACCGCCAUGCCUAGCACCCCUGAGCGGCCGCGCCGGCCCAGCUCAGCAGGACGCCGCAACGAUGAGCCGCUGCCGCGGAUGUCGGGCCGAGGCCCCAAUGGGGCACAGACGGCUUCAGAGCUGAAGUUGAAGGCACAGGGGCAGCUGACCUUGCCACCCCCCAAGUCCUCCAGGCAACGGUCGCAGAAGAAUUUGCACAUGGCUAAGCCAUUCAAAACUAAUGCCUUGAUGCAACCACCAGUUCAGCCGGGCACUGAGACUACGGACCGUGCAGAACGGGCGGAAAGGACAGGGCCGACCUCGGCGUCGCAACUGUCCCCACAAGUGCUGCCGGCCAUGCACAAGCAGCCGAGAAGUCUGGAAGAGCAUAUCGCCAGCAGUAGCCAGCGGUUGCUGGUUCCGGGCAAACCCACAUUAGUUUGGAAGACAGUGGAUUCAGAGGCUGACUACCGACAACUGCGUGGAGAGUACUUCAAUCAUUUCCAGCAAAAUCGUGUGCUUACCACCAAGGCUGGUCUUGCACAGAGUCUGAAGGAGUAUUCCACUUCGUCUGGCAUCAAUGCUGAUACAUUUUUCCCUAGAUGUUAUGAUACGGCUCAAAAGAGCGAGCGUGAUGACUUCAUUUUGGACUUCAGACGGUCGAGUGCCCUGCGCGUUGCGCUGUUGCACCGAAGAAUGAGACGAGAUCAGCAGGAAGGGUUAUCAUCGUCCUAUAUGUGUAAUGAGACGAUCUUGGAGGCGUGUCACUUGGUGCUUCAGCGUUGGCUGUGCGACUUGGACCCGAAGCAUUUGGACGAGGAGAGCACCGGUCGCCCGUCCCCUCUCUCCGAGGAGUCCUGGGAUGCGCUGACUCUCUACAGCAGCUUGGCCCAGUCCGAGCUGCUCCAGGGCACGGCCGAGCGCAAGCGACCCCGCGAGACCCGAGCCGAGGCCGCUCUCCCACUGAAGCGCUGGCCGGAAUUCCUCAGCCAUCGCUGGGGGCCGGGAGAGAGCGAGAGCCUUGAAACAGUGCUGACGAGGCUGGAAUCGUUGUUCCCGCAAUGGUCCCUACAUGGCGGCUGGUUGGGCCAAAAUGUGUGGAUCGUGAAGCCGGGAAGCAACUCAAAAGGAAGUGGCAUUGAAUGUUUCAGCAAACUCACUGAGCUUUUGCAGCACGUGGAUCGCAUGCCCAAUCGCAUUUGUCAGAAAUAUGUGGAGCGACCACUGCUUCUCUUCAGCGGCAGGAAAUUUGACAUCCGACAAUGGGUUCUAGUGAGGUCUGUUCAGCCGUUGAAAGUGUUCCUCUUUAGUGAAUGCUACUUGCGGCUUUGCAAUGGGAUGUACGAUCUUGGGGACCUUCGGGAUCGCGAGCGACACAUCUCCAAUUGGCAGGUGAACAAGCAUGGAAAGAAUGUGGUGGAAGGUGCUGUGGUGUCUCUGCAGGACUUCAGAGAGGAGUUAGAAGCCCUGACGGGCCUGCAGGACUACUGGGAGCGACAGUUACUUCCGCAGUUGAAGCACAUCGUGAUCGAGGCUU